AAACUCUCAUAUCCCACAUAUCAAUAAUUCAAGCGCGCGCGACAGAGCAGACGGAGCUCCCCCCUCUGCGCUAUGAGUUCUGCUGCCUCGUCACUCGUCCAGGGCCCUUCCGCUGCGCGCACGACUCUCCCUUACUGUGUUUCCAAGUGACAGAUAAGCUGCUGAGAGGUGGGAAAACAGGAAAGGAACAGGUGAAAACUGGGGACUCGCCUGGAGAUACGGGUUAAUAAAGCAAUUGUUGAAAAAAAGGAGCAGAGACGCCUAAAACUAAACCGUCUGGGUUUGAGACACUCCGCCAGGGAGUUCACGUUAGGCUAAUUAAAUCCAAGAAAGCGGAGUUGCACCUAGUUGUAAAACGAACCUUUUAAGGUUAAUCGAGGAACAGUGGGAAACUCUUCCUACCUGACUUUUUUUUUUUUAAAGGGGAAUAGACCCACUCCGGUUUGAGGUGUGAAGACGACCUGAACAAGUUCACUGCUCGGUUCCGACAUGCUGGCGUUUUGCCUUUUAAGUGCCGUGUGGCUUGCGGCGAGUCCGGUUCGCGCUCAGAACGAGACGGAACCAAUCGUCCUGGAGGGAAAGUGCCUCGUGGUGUGCGACUCCAACCCGACCUCGGACCCCACGGGCACAGCGCUCGGGAUCUCGGUGCGCUCGGGAAGCGCAAAGGUGGCGUUCUCCGCAGUCCGGAACACCAACCACGAGCCCUCCGAGAUGAGCAACCGGACUAUGGUCAUCUACUUCGAUCGGGUUCUUGUAAAUGUUGGGAGGAAUUUUGACGAAGAGAGAAGCAACUUCAUUGCACCACGGAAAGGAAUUUACAGUUUUAACUUCCACGUAGUUAAAGUCUACAAUCGCCAAACUAUACAGGUGAGCCUGAUGCACAACGGUUGGCCGGUAAUUUCGGCAUUUGCCGGGGACCAGGACGUGACGCGUGAGGCAGCCAGCAAUGGUGUUCUGAUCCAGAUGGAGAAGGGAGACCGGGCCUACCUCAAAUUGGAGAGAGGAAACCUAAUGGGAGGAUGGAAAUACUCCACCUUCUCAGGCUUCCUGGUGUUCCCCAUGUAGAGAGGAAGAGGAGGAGGAGGUGCAGGGAUGGAAACAAAGGAGGACGAGCUGGUGGAAGCUGGAAAGCAAAAGGAAGAUGACGAAAAGGCAGGUGGAGGAAGAAGAAAAAGGACAUGGUUAAGAUGGGAGGGAAACAUGACAACAGACUUGUGUUUGGGACGCUGCAGAGGAAGGAUGAGAUGUUAGAGAGAUAUGAGCGUGAUGUGAUGUGAGAAAGUUACAGAGCCGGCACAUGAGAGUGUACGGUCAGCUUCUUCACUUUGCUUCUUCUUUUCAUCCACCCUUUCAUGCAUCCUUCUCCUCCCUCUGUUUCCUCGUGGCUUGACUGCAGCUUUGGACAGCCAAAACCUUUUCUAUACUCUGCUGACAGACGCAAUCGAUCACUGAUAUGGUCCAGAGUGUUCUGAAGCCCAUGUGUAACCCUCCCCCUCCCCACACUCACCAAUCCCAUCAUUUCUUCAUCGAUCACCAUCGGCAUAAGCUUUGACCAAUAUUACUUGAGCAACUAUUCCUCGCUAACCCCAGUUUACUGUGCCCAUAUGUGUGUUUGUGUUUUUCUCAUGCUCGACAUAAACGCCACUGAUUUUGGAUCAGCUUCUUCCCCUGAAGCCAAACUAUAAUUUUUAGAGUGUAAAGUCUGAUCACAGAAUCAGGGGCUAACCUUUUAUUUAUCAUCAUAAUCACGACCCUUUUACGAUAAAUGUACCAUUUGUUCUUUAAACACACAUCUGUUUCUCCUCUUCAUUAUAUUUAGCACGUAGCAGGAUUCAGCUUUGUAAUGGUUAUGGUUCAGCACUCGUAGCAGUGGGGUCAAGGGUUAGGAAAACAUGGGUUAAAUACUUUGCUGUGUGUGUUUAGGCAACAACAUUUUUCUAUAAUAAAUGAAGUUUUUUGCUGGCAAAACCAAUCGACACUCAUCCGAGUGCCCCCACCCCACCCACUAAGACUCGCGGUCCAUUAGUAGGCAGUCAUUAAACUUGUAUACAAAGUGUAACUGGGGAGAACAAAAGUCAGUAGAAGACAGGAGGAGAUGACAGAACAGUUCGAUUUAAUAAACCGUAUCCACUCUCUAGUCAGGUACUCAAUACUUCUCCAUCAAUCUCUGGUGUCUAUAUCUAAUGAAGCGAACACUGAUAGUCAAACAGAAAGUAAUACUUUACUUUGUUCCUUCAGUGUUUUAAUCACGACUCUGAAUCAGGCUUCAUUCUGUGCACCUGUCCUUUCACCCGUACAGUCAGUCUGCUUCCUCCCUGUCACUGCUGCCAUUUUUUUAGAUAUUGUAUCCCCAUGUAGGAUCCUUUUUCUCUCUUUAACUAUGCGGUUUACCCACAAGUGCAGAUUUGGCUUCCUUUUAGUACACCUCUGUUAUCCCCUCCAUCCUCCCUUCCUCAUGUGUGUACUUUAUCCGCUGCUGUACUCAUUUGCCUCCUAGCACGGAUCCUUUCCUGCUUUUCUUCAAUGUGGACUGUGGACAAUGAAACAACCUUCAACUUUACAAAAAUAUAUAUAUAUAUAUAUGAUGAGAUACAAAUGGAUAUAUAAAUAUAAUGAAAUCUAAGCCACCGUUUCUAUUCUCCUGGUUUUAAGAUGAAAAUAAUGGUAAUACUAAUACUGAAAACUUAAUCUGGUUGAUGACUACAGUAUCUGUAUUUCCGUACUUCAGUGUUAUAUAAUGAAAAAAAUAUUCUAAAUGAAACUUAGUGAUUGUGUGGAAAUCUGAGGCUGCCAUUCUGCUCUUCUGAUGAAAACAUGCUUCUUGUUUUUGUUUUGGGUCAAACCAAGUUGUGGCUAAAAAGCUGAGACUACUACUCAUAUAAAAUAAACUAUAGCUAAAAGGUACUUUUAUUAUUAUUAUUAUUAUUAUUAUUUGACUGUAAAUUACAUGUGAAUAUUUAGACUAUGACAAUAUUUGAUUUAUGAAUCAAUCAAAUCGAUUUAUCUACUGUUUUCUUAUUUAUUUGCUCUGAAGAAAUCAAUAAAACUAAAUGGUACUUUUAUUUUUCUUAAACCUACUUUAAGCCUGUCCUCGUACUUUAUUUUGUUCAGUCUUGAAAAAUGUGAAAACAAGCAGAAACUCGCUGAUCCCUGAUGUGCUGACAUGUCUAACGGUGGGCUGUGUUCACUGUAUAUGACCGUGUGCGCGUCUCUGUGUGCAUGUGUGUCCGUGUGCAUGUGUGUGUCUGUGUGCAUGUGUGUCCGUGUGCAUGUGUGUGUCUGUGUGCAUGUGUGUCCGUGUGCAUGUGUGUGUCCGUGUGCAUGUGUGUGUCCAUGUGCAUGUGUGUGUGUGUGUGUUUUGGACCUCUGGAGCUUUUCAGUGAGUCACCUUAAACACACACUAAAAUCUGCUUGAUUGUGUUCUUCUCCACUACCUCUGUCCUCCUUUCUGUCUCCCCUGGUCCUUCACUCUCAUUCCUCCUUUUCCAUUUACUGCUUUUUUAUGCUCAUACACUCUCUCUCACCCCACUCUGUCUCUCUCUCUCUCCCCACUCUGUUGGUUUUUAAGGUUUUGUGGUUCGUUUCUCUCCAGACUCUAAUGAGCUCCAGGGGGAAAAUUAGUGCUGGAAUAACAAGCAAACAUCAACAUCAUCUCCCGUCUUCUUCCCGAUCCCUCCUUCCUCCUGUUCUUCCUGCUUUCACUGUUCUUUUUCACCUGAAGUCAUGUCCUCCGUUCAUCAUUUGUUUUUCCAACACUUGAUUCUCCUUGUAUUCCCGCUUUUCACAUCUUUUCUUUAACUUUCUUCUGUUCUGUGCAUCUGUCUCACUGUCUUUGUCUCCUUCUUUUCAAACCCAUUUCAGUGGCAUUUCUUUUCUUCUACAUCUUCUUUCCAAAUUCUACUUGGCAAAUGUUGUGGAAUAUAAACCAUGAAGCAGUCUUUUGUUUCUGGACACAGUUCCUUCGUUCUUCUUUCUCUCUGUUUCUCAUUCACUCCCCACAUUUAAUAAAAAGGCAAUGAGUGCUCGCAGGUUGGCAUGUGCAACUGCUUAGUUUAGGCUUGAGUCACACAGGCCUUUGAACCAGUCAGUGAACCUCUGGUAACAACAGCAUGCAUAUUUAAUGAGUGGAGAUAUGUUGCAAAUGGGUAUAUAGUGCUCCUCUGAAAACAUCCCGGCAGUUUCUUUGGUUGCUCACAGUUGCACAGAAGAUGCCAACUUGCUUGCAAAUCCGAGCCAACUACAAGCUGAAAAUGGCCUUUUCCUUUGCCUUCAAAGUAAAAGGCCAUAUUUCAUGCAAAACACAGGAGACCACCACAUUCUGCUAGUGACCAAAGAAACCACACAGAGGUUUUUGGUGCAGCACCUUCUUUGUGACUGAUUUUACUGGUCAUCAACCUCCUCUAUAUCUGCAGUCUAUGCUAAGCCAACCAUCUGCUGGGCCUAUAAUCAGCAGAAGGCCACGAGACAAGGUUGAAUCUGAUCAUGGAGCUCUGAGAAAAAGUGAGCAGGCCAAGUGAAUAAAUGUUAGAUUCCCAAAGAGUUUAAGAUGUUCAAAUGGUGACGGCAGUCUCUCGUGAGGACACAGAAGAUUAAGUUUCUGAGUAAAUAUUUAAACCAUAACAGGUCAAGAGAAAUGUUCACAAAAGCUGAAUACAGCCCACGUGUGACCUUUUUGUUACAGUUGGGGUAAGCAAUGUGUUUUUUGUAAGUCGGUCUGUUAGGGAACUAGACUUCUGUAGGUCAUCUGUCCUCUAAAGUCUAGCUGGGAAACAUUAUCCAAUCAGAGAACAGCUGCAAAGCAGAACAAAGACCACAGCAAAUCAUGCAAAAAGUAAGCUGCAGUGAAACACUGUAUUAAGGACUGAAAGAGCAGAUUUUAAAUUCUGCUGGGAAAUCAAAAGUCAUUCGUGACCUUUCAAAAGCUCCUUGACCUCGUAUGCCUACAACUGGGCGUGGCUUAGAGAGGAGAGGGGAGUGUUGCAGGAAGUUUCACCCUGAUGCAGCUGUCGAUCACUCAUCUGAAAGACGGAGCAACAAUACAGCACAGAGAAAUAACUGAAUGUUGGUUCAUGCUCAAAUCUGCAAGUCUAAAACUUUGUUUUCAUCAAAGAAUAUCAAUCAGAAGUCUUGAUGCAUGCUCAAUCAUCCAGGAAAGUAAAUCUCCAAA